CCAACGGGAGUGUGUGCUCCUGUCAGCCUCCAUCAGAGUAGCUGCUGCAGCAGUGUGGCUUAAGGGAAGCUGAAUUCAGCUACACGAUUUUGUGUAGCUGAAUGGCGUACUUUAAGCCGACCUGCUUCAUUUAGGAUAAACUUAGGCAAAAAGUACUUGACUUGAGUAGAGCAGUUCUCAUUCUUAAAUUUAAGCGUGAAUUUUUAAGUGGUGGUGAAUCAUGGACAAUACUAAGCAGCCUAUAGGACUGAAACCAGAUGCCUUACACUGAUGGGGAUGUAACCUCUGUCUGUUGCACAGCUUCAGUUUAGAGUAUAUGAUCCAUUUCUCAAUUUCAUGGCAGCAGUUUCAUUGCAGUUGUUUCUAGACCAAGCUCUUAAUAUUUUUAUGAAAAAAUAAAGUAAAUAUCAAUUAAACAACCAUGAUUAAUUUUCUUGUCUGUACUCCUCUUGAGCGAAUAGUGUUUAAAUACUUUUGAAGUUGAAUAAGAUAAUGUCAUUUUUAAACUUAAAGGAAAUGCCCCAACUCUAGUCUGAAUAAAAAAUGCAUAAAGUUUUCUGCGGUUUGUUAAAAUCUAACAUUAUUCAAGAAUGAGUUAUCAGACAAGUCUAUAACUUAGUAUGGGUAUGUCAGCUAGUGUAACACUAAAGCUGUGUUCAGAAGUAUUUUUUUUUUCAUUUAAGAAAGCAAUAAGCCACAUAGCAGUAGGGGUUAAGCCCCACGGGUGUCAUAUAUUUGAUGUCCACUUUGCCAUUAUGCAAAAGGCUAAAGGAUAUUGGUUAGGAAAAAGAAAUAAAGCCUAUAUUGAUGCUUAAAAAUUACUUUAAAAUAUAGCCCUCUGUACUGUAUCCUAUGUAUUUUGUUACAUGGAUUCAUUUAAUUCACUGCUUAUUAAAAACACCCCCCUCCCACUCAAUGACAUAUCUUAAAAUGGAGGUUUUUGAGGAGUUAAAUAUGAAACUGAAUCGUAUAAUCAGUACUGCAAUUUCAGUAAUGGUUUCACAGACACCAAGGCCAAAAGGGACCAAUAUGAUCAUCUAGUCUGACCUGUGUAACACUGGGCAAUAAAACUUCCCCAAAAUAAUUCCUUAUUAAUUCUGCUGUUUUCGUAAUUCCUUUUUCACAGGGAUUUAUUUUUUUAAUUGAUAAUGCAUAACUGCAUGAUAGAAGAGUUAAAGGACAAGAGCAACUGGAUCUGACAUCAUUAGCCAGGAUGGGGAAGACAAGUCAUUUUCCUCCAAUGAUGCAUCACCAGGUGUCCCCUGAGGGCAGGUCUUCUGGUGCUCAUUUUCCAAGGUCUCACCUGGCAGAGGCAGUUGCUAAGGCCAAGGGUAGUGGAGGAGGAAGUGGCAGUGGGAGAGGUCUCGUGGGGCAAAUUAUACCUAUCUAUGGAUUUGGAAUCCUUUUGUACAUACUGUACAUUCUGUUUAAGCUCUCUUCCAAGAGAAAAACCACUACAGUGGAGCGGAAAUCUCCUGCUGCUAUCCCUGGAAACAUGAAUAGGAAAAUCACUGACUAUGAGUUAACACAACUACAAGAAAAACUGAGAGAGACUGAGGCGGCUAUGGAAAAAUUAAUCAAUAGAGUAGGACCUAAUUGUGACAGCAGGGUCCAAAAUGUUACAACAGACCAGGAAAAGAAAUUACUCCAGCAGCUGCGAGAGAUCACUAGGGUCAUGAAGGAAGGAAAACUCAUAGAUGGCAUAUCCCCAGAGAAGGAAGCUGAAGAAGCUCCUUAUAUGGAAGAUUGGGAAGGUUAUCCAGAAGAAACUUAUCCUGUGUAUGAUCAUUCAGAUUGCUACAAGCGUAGACAGGACACAAUCCUUGUGGAUUACCCUGAUCAGAACCAGCCCUCUGCUGAAGAGAUAGCUGAAAGAAUAGAGGCUAUGGAAGAUGAGGAUGAGUUCAGCAGUGACCCCUUGCUAUCUGAUCUCUCUACUGAGUGUGAAAGCCAUGAUAUGGCACAGAAAAAGGACCAGCAGAUUAGCUUCAGUGACCAAGCUGGUAUCCUCCAUCACAGCCAUAACUUUGAGAAGUGCUACUGCUGCCACUAUGAAGAGGAUGAUCCUGCUGUCAUAGCAGAGAAUGCUGGGUUCCAUACUGAAAGCUGCAGUGAGGCUGACGACACAACCAAAGAAGAUCUUUCCAUGGAUUCUGACGAUGAAAAUGCAGGACUGAUGAGCCAAAACGCCAAUGAUCCGGAUGCAGUAGGCACGCUGAGAAAGCGAAACACAAAGGGACUGGAGUAAUGGAGGCCACCGUGUGUGGGCAUAAUAGUGAUAGCAAGACUUUACAAACUCUCACACCUGUGCUCUUUGUUCUUGACUCACGCUUAUCUUCUCCAUUUCCAGCACUUGGUGCUAUUUCUGCUGCCUUGGCCAUGGUCACACCACCACCACCACCUGAAGUGGAAGUUAAUGGUCCCCUUUGAGUCACUUAAUUGCUUAUCACCUCCAGCAUUUGAUUGCUAGAGAUGGCUGUGAAUGGGAACAGAAGGUUAUUCUGUUCAACUAUCCACACGUUGUUUUGAUUUAAGCCUGAGAGUUUGCUGCAGCUGAAUUACCACCUUUUCAUCUGAAAUGUUAACUGCACCAGUAGCCUACCAGUAUUGGGAAUGGACUUCCUGCCCCAACUGUCCAAACUUUGCUAGCUAUCCAGGUAUCAGUUAUGAGAACAAGACCACUUGUAUCUAACUAUUUAGGAAGAUGGAGAGGAAAGUAUUACAUUUGUAGCUGCUCUUUUCUCUGAAGCAGCUGCUAACUAUCUCCUUGCUGCACAACACUUUUUCAACCGCAUUGAAACUGUCAGAAGGAUCAAUAUAUCCGACAGAACAGGAUAUGCAUUCCUUGACAGCUGAGGCAUUCUUGGCCAAAUGCAGAAGUGAAAACAGUGUCUCAGGACUGCAGAUGCUCAGCUGAUUGCCUUUAUCAUGUGGCUCCUUAAUUUAAAUCCUUCACAAAGGACACUCUAAUGUUUGCAUUGUAUGUUGUUAUUUAUGAUAGCUUCCUACUGUGAAAAUAGUCUAUAGUGGAAGAAAAAACCAUAAGAGAAAACACUGUAAACCCUUUCCUCCUUUUCUUUGGAAUUUAUUUAUUUUUACUUUUUUUUAAAUGCAUUCAUUGUAAAGUGUGGAUUCCCUCCCAGAUCCCACACUCCGUCCUGCACUCUAAUCCCUUACCCCAAAGUCCCUUCUGCACCCAACCUCCAUCCCCGACCCUGCCCCUCUUCCAUUAAUAUCAUAGAAGAGUGUGGUCCUUGAUCAAUUUCCAACAUUUUAGUGUGCUCCCCCUCAUCAAAAAUUAUUGCCCACCCCUGAUCUAAACCAUCUGUGACUGAUGUUUGUCUCAUCUGCUCUUAAAAAUCUCCAAUGAUGGAUAUUCCACAACUUCCCUCGGCAAUUUAAUCUAGUGUUUCUCCAUUUUGACAGGAAUUUUUUCUAAUGUCCAACCUAAACCUUGUGGCAAUUUAAGUCCAUUGCUUCUUGUCCUGUCACCAGAAGUUAAAGUGAAUAAUUUUUCUUCCUCGUCCUUGUGAUAUUCUUUUAGGGUGCAUCUAGACAGCACCCUUCUGUCAGAAUAAGAUACAAAAUUAGCGCUAAGCAAAUUGCACAACUUAUUCUGAGUCUUAGUUGAAAGAGCUGAUUUUGAAAUAAGGCACUAUUUCGGGAAAUAGCAAGCAUGUUUAAAGAUACGGCAUUACUAUUUCGAGUUACUUCCGGUACCGAAAUAGCACCAUAGUCUAGACGUACCCUUUAUAUACUUGAAAGCUAUUAUCAUGUCCCCUCCUAGUUUUUUCCUUCUCCAGACUAAACAAUUCCAGUUCUUUCAAUCUUCCCUCAUAGGUCAU